AUGGAAAAGAUAUGUUAUGUAUUAUUAGCCAUAUUUAUAUCCAUCGCAGCAUUUGUCGUGAUUUAUAAUAACUCAAAAAAUGAUUUCAACAAAAUUCCCACAAAAUUGAAACUCAAUUCGCAAACGAGUGAUAAGAUUGUGUCAAAAUCAGCGAAGAAUGAAAGUGAUAAUGAAGUGACUGUUAGGACAAGGAGUGGACAACUGAGUGGCCGGGCGUUGGAUGUGUUCGGACGGACGGUCUACGCGUUCGUCGGCGUUCCGUACGCCAGUCCACCGUUGGGUGAACUCAGGUUCUCGUCGCCACAGCCCGUGAAACGAUGGCCAGGAGUGCGUUCGGCCACACAAUUCACGCCAAUGUGUCCGCAAGUGAUUAUUCCCAAAACACUUGUGGACAUGAAUUAUAUCAGCGAAAACAUAUCAGAAGACUGUCUGAGUCUUAAUAUAUGGACGCCUGAAAUACGGCCCAAGAAGUUGAGGACAGUUAUGGUUUGGAUACACGGCGGAGGCUUUCUAUACAACUCGGCUAAUAUUCAUGAGAAAGACGGACGCGUUUUGGCUAAUUAUGGCGAUGUUGUGGUCGUUACCAUCAAUUACAGAGUGGGAGUGUUUGGAUUUUUAAACACCCGGACAGAGGAGGCUCCGCCUUUAUACCCAUAUAUACUGGUCAGUUACCUACCGAAAGCCGCCGCUAGGACAAAGGGUCUGUUCUCGCGGGCCAUUACCCAAAGCGGAAGCUUUUUCUUACCGCAAACCUCACAGACAUUUGAAAACUCCAAGAAAUUUGCAAAACUUGUCGGCUGUUUAGACGAAGAAGAAGAGGACGACUAUAUCAACACAUUUUCUAUUGAUUCCGUUGACUGUCUUAAAGCGACAACAUUUGACAAAUUGCUCGAAGCCUCAAACUCAUUCCUCGACACAUCUCUGAUGGCAUUCAUGCCAUCAAUCGAUUCAUAUUUUGAAGACAUUAUCUUAAAGCGACAACAUUUGACAAAUUGCUCGAAUUUACAAGCCUCAAACUCAUUCCUCGACACAUCUCUGAUGGCAUUCAUGCCAUCAAUCGAUUCAUAUUUUGAAGACAUUGAAUCCCCGGUUGAGUACAUUCUGGAAGACAACGCCUAUUCAAAUAUGAAGGAACUGAUGACCGGUUUGGUCCGAAACGAGGGCUCAUUCUUUGUGUAUAUCUUGAAUCCAAACCUCUUUAAACUAAACAGUUAUCCAGAGUUGCGGACAUUGAAAGAGACGCGAGAAAUGUUCAUAAAUCUAAUCAAGAAUAAGACAGAUAUCAAAGAAGAUAUGCUGACAUUUGUGGCCAAAAACUACAUAAAUGGUCCUCAAAAUGACUCUUCGGAGAAGAAUAUCGAGCGUCUGAUAGAGGCCUUCGGUAACGCCAUAAUGAACUGUCCGACCAUUUAUUUAGCCGACGAAUUGGUGGCCAGAAAUAAGACGGUUUACAUGUAUUUAUAUAAUCACAGACCAAAGUCUAGUCAAUUCGGUGAGUGGUUGGGAACCGUUCACUACACGGAAGUGCCCUUUGUUUUUGGUUAUCCCCUCCGAAGAACCGAUAUCUUCAGUAAAUUAGAUAUAGAGUUCUCCAAACGGAUUAUGAAAACGUGGUCUCAUUUCGCCAAAACCGGUCAAGUUUUGCCACAACUGGACGUGGAUUGGCCUCAAUAUAGUGAGCGAAAUGCGUUUACUGUCCUCAGCCCUAAUAAUGUGUCGAUAAUCAAUGGCUUUGGCACCGAAUCGUGGACCUUGUUAAAACUUAUUAAUAAGGCAAAAAUUGCUGUAUUUUUCAGCUCCGACGACAACGAUAACGACGAGCUCAUCAGUUGGUAUCAAUUGGCCAACAGUUUGGCAAACGUUGAGUUCAGUAUUUACACCGAUUUCAACAAGUAUUCAAAGCUCAGAGUCUUGGAGUACGAGUCCAUGAGCGGUAACCGCGAAGUUGAGCUCUGGAUAUAUUACGGAUCAAUUGCCACAAGAGAUUCAAUACCGGCUAUUGUUUUAUAUGAAAGCGUCGGCAUUGUACUGAUUGGCGGCGAAACAGUGCCAAAGCAUUUGUUAGACAAUCAAAAGCCUGUCAUUUGGUUCAAAGAGAAAACUGGUUCUCAAUCCGAGAGGAAAGCAAAUAAUUUAACGCAAAUUCAAUUCACGAAUAUUUCCGAUGAAAUAAUUAAGGAUGAGUUCAACAAAUGGUUUGAAUCGAGACUUUUUAAUAAAUGAGAUCAAAAUGAUUGAAGAAUUGGAGAAAUUAGUGGUCAAAGAGAAACAACAGACAAAAGAGAGGAUUGAGAGACAAAGUGUACAACAAAUGCAAAGCAUUUAUUUAAAAUAUUUAUCAAAAUUAUCACCGUUUGGGACACAAAGCACUUCAAACAGUAGCACCGAUUGGCCGCCGGACAGGACUGAGUCCAACACCAGUGCAUCGCAUGUCAGCCCUUAUUAUGUGAAAAGUCCGGCGUUUUUAUUAUGCGAACCAAAACAACUGGAUUUGAAUUCAAAUGAGAGAUUUAUUAAUAGACAAUUCACGCAAACAAAUGAGAUUUUUAUUGAUAAUGAAGUGAUUCAACAAAAUGUAAAUAACAGUCGCGGCAGUAGUCGUGUGGAGAGGUCGACGUCUCCCAUGGAUUUUCCGCAAUCAAAAUCAGUUCAAACCGACGCUCAAGAGUCGGUUCCUAUCGAUAAUGGUUUACAAACUUUAAAUAAUAUGAUAAUUGAAAUGAAAUCUCUAUUAAAUGCUACAAAACGACUAACAAUUGUCUCAAAAGAGAGCCAAAAAGAGUCCAAAAAUGCUAAACAUUUUGCCACAAAAUACACGCAAACUAUUGAAACUAAAUCUAUGGAAAACAGCACUCAAUGGGAGUUCAAUGAAAUAGUUAAACAAUUUAGUGAUGCUUUCUGUCAGUCGAGUAUAACUUUAAGCGAUAAAUGUUUACAAACUAUUGAUACUGAAGAGAAAGUUCCCGAAAUGCAAACCAUUGAUGACAUCACCCAAACUGAUCCACAGACAGACGAAGAAAAGACUUUAAACAGUAAUAGUUAUGAUCUAUCAGUGGGUGAAAUACCAUUCUAUAACGAUAGCACAACAUAUUGUUAAUUGUUUUGUAUGUCUUAUAA